AUGACAGCGACGACAACUGACAAAAAGACGGAACUAGUCAUUAUUGACUAUGAGGAUUUGACUUCUUCUUCUUCUUCCGCCAAAAUGGCAGCUUGUUGCGAUCGAGCCUUUGGCGACGACGGGAUUGGCAUUAUGGGAAUCCGCAAGGUUCCCGGCUUUGUCCAGGCCAAGGCUAACAUUUUGCAACAGGCACAUCCAUUGGCACAUUUGCCUCCCAACGACCUACAAAAAUUGGAAGAUCCUGAUUCCAUGUUCAAUGCGGGGUGGAGUCACGGCAAGGAAAUGCUCAAGGCAGGAAAACCAGACUUGGCCAAAGGAUCGUUUUACUUCAAUCCCAUCAUUGAUGUUCCCGAUCCCAAGGAUACCGAAGAAUAUCCCGUGUCCUAUCCGAUCAAUCGAUGGCCCAAAGAGAGCCUUCCCAAUUUGGAGCCAGCCGCCAAACAUUUGGGGACCAUGAUGAAGGAGGUUGCAAUCUUGCUUUGCGGGCAUAUUGAUACAUACGCACAAUCCAAGAAUCCCGAGUAUCCGCCGGGGGUCAUCAAAGAUGCGCUCAUUGAUACGGAAAAGGUCAAGGGGCGAUUGCUCUACUAUUUCCCAUUACCCGAAGAGGAGUCCAAAGAGGCACCUGCCGAAGAUUCCUGGAUUGGAUGGCACAAUGACUCGGGAUUCCUAACUGCCUUGGCGGGGGACAUUUACAUGGACAAGGAGGGCAACAUCAUUACACCACCAGCGUCCUCAGAGGCUGGAUUGCAGGUGGUGACGAGGCAUGGGACGGUCCAAAAGGUGGAGAUUCCACCGGAUGUCAUGGCGAUUCAAAUUGGGGAAUGCACGCAAAUCAUGACGGGAGGCGCCGUGGUGGCAACCCCACAUUGCGUCAAGGGAGCUCCCAAUCUCGCCCGAGCGUCUCUGGCGUGCUUUGUCGAUGUCCCACCUUCGACUCCCCUAACGCUGCCCAAGGGAUCCACUCCCGCCUCCAUCAUGGCCAUGGAAUCCUCCAAAGUGCCAACCCUCCAGGGGCGAUGGGAAAAUGGCAUGACCUUUGGUCAAUUUUUGCAAAAGACUUUUGAAGCUUACUACAACCAGUAA